UAGUCCUCCUCAUGUCAGGGAGGAACGCAGCGAUAAUACGAGUUCCUGAAACAAACAUGAUAACCGCUAAACACAUAAACCUCGAAAUUUUAACGCGAACAGUUGAAUGAUAAACCACAUAAACCACUGAAAAUAUGGAGCACAUUAUAACGCCAAAGGUGGAGUAUGUGAAACUACUGAACAGGUAUCCUGAAAAGACAUCAGUCCUGGGCACUCUUUACUUGACCGCUACUCAUCUUAUCUAUGUGGAGCAAACCAAUGACACACGCAACGAAACAUGGGUGCUGCAUCAUCACAUCACGUCGGUAGAGAAGCUUCCAUUAAGUGCAUCCGGUUGUCCGCUGCUGAUCCGCUGUAAAACCUUCCAGCUGCUUCAUCUGCUGUUCCAAAGAGAGAGAGAUUGUCAGGAUGUCUAUCAGUCACUUCUGCGCCUGUCUCAACCAGUCAAAGAGGAGGAGCUGUAUGCCUUUCUCUAUAAUCCACAUCAAAACGAGGAAGAAAGGAGACAGGGUUGGGAAUUUAUCAAUGUGGCAAAUGACUUCAGCAGGAUGGGUCUCUCUAAUGAAUACUGGGAAAUCAGCGACCUCAACAAGAACUAUGAGAUCUGUAGCACUUAUCCAUCUGUCCUAGGACUCCCUAAAAAUGCCAGUGUUGCUACGGUAACAGGCAGUGCCAAGUUUAGGAGCCGAGGACGAUUGCCUGCUCUGUCUUACUAUCACAAAGACAGUAAGGCUGCGAUCUGUCGCUGCAGUCAACCUUUGUCGGGUUUGACCUCUCGCUGUGUGGAAGACGAGCAGAUGCUUCAGGCCAUCAGCCAAGCGAACCCCAACUGCCCUUUCAUAUAUGUAGUGGACACACGGCCUAAGUUGAACGCAAUGGCGAACCGCGCAGCUGGUAAAGGCUAUGAGAAUGAGGACAACUACUCCAAUAUAAGGUUCCAGUUUCAAGGAAUUGAAAACAUCCACGUCAUGAGAAACAGCCUACAAAAAUUGCUGGAGGUGUGCACUAUGAAGUCCCCUUCUAUGAGUGACUAUCUGACAGGUCUGGAGAAUUCAGGCUGGCUGAGGCACAUCAAAUCUGUGAUGGAUGCAGGCGUGUUCCUCGCCAAGGCUGUCAGUGAAGAGAGGGCGAGUGUGUUAGUACAUUGUUCUGAUGGUUGGGACAGAACGGCUCAGGUGUGCUCUUUGGCUUGUAUACUGCUGGACCCUUACUACAGAACCAUUAAAGGCCUCAUGGUUUUAAUAGAAAAGGAAUGGAUCUCUUUUGGUCAUAAAUUCAGUCACAGGUGUGGCCAUCUGGACACUGACCCAAAAGAAGUGUCUCCGGUCUUCACCCAGUUCCUGGAAUGCGUGUGGCAGCUGUCAGAACAAUUCCCCUCCGUGUUUGAGUUUAAUGAACGUUACCUAAUAGAAAUACACAAUCAAGUCUAUGCUUGCCAGUAUGGAAACUUCAUCGGCAACUGCCAGAAAGAGAGGCUGGAAAUGAGGUUGCAUGAAAAGACGUUUUCAUUGUGGCCACAUCUUCUGAAGAACCAGGAACUGUAUCGAAACCCCUUGUACCGGCGUUCAGUACAGUGCACCGUUCUCAGACCCAGCACUUUACCCCUGCACUUCAAGUUCUGGUGUGGGAUGUAUAACCACUAUGACAGAGGCAUGCACCCAAAACAAUCUGUUUUAGACCAGCUGCUGUCCCUGACACAGAAGCAGGUAGAAGGAGAGAGAACCAUGACUGAAUUACAGCGACAGCUGGCUGUUGCAGACGGAGUUCUCUCUGAUCCGUCUGGACCAAUCAACACACCUGUGGAACAGGACAGUCCCUCUGCUCCUGUCGUCCAAUCAAAUGGAAGCUGCGCUCCUUUGAUUAAUGGAGACGCAGAGGAGGUGGGUCCAGGAGUUAAAAAGUGCAACGAGAAAGAAGAGGCGGAGCCAGCAGCCCCCGAACACGAUCUGACCUCCUCUAAGGACAAAACUGUUUCUGUGGAAACAGAACAUUCCAAAGAGGAGGUACAAGAAUCCUCUUGAGUCUCCAUAGUAACAGAACGGACAUUUUGACUGAGACCCCCAAGAACAAAUGUGCGGAUUAUUGAAAAGAUUACAGUACUGUUACCACAACUGAAGCUGUGUAAUACAAAAAAAACUAAAUGUUCUGCCACACACUAGUCUGUGAUAUUGUUGUUUAUUAGAUUUUUUGAGCACUGGGUGGCCGUGUUAUAUCUGUUCUAUAUGUUUUUGUCUUCAGUGUUUGUUGGCCUUCAGACCAUGAGGAUUGAAGCCGUUCUGAUCAAUUUUGCCCUUUUUUUGUACAGUAGACUGUUUUUAAUGUCUUUCUUUUAGUAACACCUUCUGUGCCAUAUGUUGUACAUUUCAAAAAAAAACUCAAACUGAUUUAUUCAGACACAUCAGCUGAUGUGAAAUUCAGGUUGAUAAAGGGAACACAUUGUUAAAAAUGGAUCAAUUCAUGAUUAGUUUUUUCCAUUAAGGGCUUAGUAUUAUUUUUGUGGUGAAACACAAUACAGUGUGAACAUGUGAACAACACGCAUACUGCUGAAACACUGCUGAUUGAUUGCAAUAGGAUGCCACAUUGCUCUAAUGGCAAAAAAAUAAUUUGAUGCACAUAAAAUAUUUGAGGAAUUUUAUAUCCUUUCAGACAAGUCUUUUGAGUUGCAUAUAGUUUCGCAAAGCAAUAUUGUUUUUAAUAAUGUCUACCGGAUGUUUAUUGCUAAUGGAUGUGGAAAAGUUUUGACAGCUUCUUGAACCCUGGCUGCUAUGGAGCUCCAGACAAGUUUUUAUUGUUAUGUGAAAUGCAACCGAUGUUUAAAAAAUGCUUCCUUUAUUAAGAAGCAUUUGUUUACAUUAUUAUUUUUUGAUUCAAUCAGAAAAUAAAAAAUUCUAUUGAUUAAAUUUACAGCAAUAGCCAAAAGGGAAUUUUGAGGAGGGAUACCACUGAAAAUGGUCACAUUACAUAUUGUUUUUUUUUAACUGAGAAGAGUUUUGCUCUGUGUAAUAAUCAUGUCAGCUCAUUUUAUACACGCUUAUUUUGAUCAUUGCACUGUUUUGUACCUCUUUUGUACACCAUUAAAUUUGGAUGGAUGUUUUCUUUAAAUAAAUAUAGAUUGUAGU